UGGGAUAGGUAGGAAGUGAGCGGGAGAUGGGCUGACUCGCGGACGCUGAGAUCACGGCGAGCUCGCGGUGCACCGCGGCUAUUCGGCGUCUCCCGAGAGCCACGCUGAUGGAAUGUGCAAACUUGGAGAUGCCUUACGUGGAUCGGCAGAACCGCAUCUGUGGGUUCCUGGACAUAGAGGAGAAUGAGAACAGCGGCAAGUUCCUGCGCCGCUACUUCAUCCUGGACACCCAGGAGGGCAGCUUGGUGUGGUACAUGGACAACCCGCAGAAUCUGCCGACGGGGGCGGAGCAUGUUGGCUCUCUAAAGCUCACCUACAUUUCUAAGGUCAGCGAUGCUACAAAGCUAAGACCAAAGGCUGAGUUCUGCUUUGAUAUCCCGGCUCACCGGAGGGAGAGGCUGUCUCAUGCACAUUCCGACACAGUCAUCAACGCUGGGAUGAGGAAGGUCUUCCUGCAGGCCAACGACCAGCAGGAUCUGGUAGAUUGGGUGAAUGUACUCAACAAUGCCACCAAAAUCACAGUGCCAAAAACAGGUGAUGGACAGCACAACGCCGAAGCCCCCCUGGACUCCCUGGGUGCAAAGAAGCAGGUGUCAUACCGGACUGAGAUAAUUGGUGGGGUGCCCAUCGUCACCCAGACACAGCAGGAAGGUGGCGAUGGGCAGAAUGGAGCUGGUGUGAAGCGUUUGCACAGCCACCUUCCGUACUGCGUUGGCAGGCCGGCACAGGACCACACAGUUAUCAAAGCUGGCUACUGCGUCAAGCAAGGGGCUGUGAUGAAGAACUGGAAGCGAAGAUAUUUCCUGUUAGAUGAAAAUUCAAUGAGUUACUUCAAGUCAGACUUGGAGAAGGAGCCGCUACGGAUGAUCCCGCUAAAAGAGGUGCAAAAAGUACAGGAGUGCAAACAGAGUGACAUAAUGAUGAGGGACAACCUAUUUGAAGUGGUCACCACAUCUAGGACUUUUUACAUUCAGUCGGACAGCCCGGAGGACAUGCACAGCUGGAUCAAGGCCAUCUCGGGUGCAAUCGUGGCCCAACGAGGGCCGGGUCGGUCUGCAGCUGCUAUGCGGCAGAUCAGACGACUGUCAAACCCUUGUAUACAGAGGAGCACAGCAAGCAUUCCAACCCCUCCGGGUUCUACUGCAGUGAACAGGGUCCACCAGUCCCUCGCUCGCCUCUCCCCGCCGUGUCGCCGCCCUGCCCUCGACGCACCAUCCCUGCCGCGGGCCCCCCGCAACCUGCCCUGGGACAACGAGGACUUCUCGAACCUCCUGCCCCAACCUCCGGAGGCCCGGUCUCGCCUGUCCCUGCAGGAGGUGCGGCUGUUCAAGUGAGCGGCCGCCCACCAUCCCCAUGGAGGCGCCGAGGCAGCUUCGAGGCCCCGGCUGCCAGCGCGGAGGACACCGACCUGCAUGUCACUCGAGUGUGACUCUGCCCACCCAUUGCUCAGGAGCCACCUGCUGCAGGGUGUACAUUAGCGAUGGAAUUGGGUGGGGAUUUAUGAGGUGGGGGAGCAACAGGUAGGAAAAUGGGAUACAUUCUGCCUUGCUGCACUGGACCACCUGAGAGAACCACCACACGACAGGCCUGGCUUGUGUUGGCUUCUCCCCUUGCCACCAUACUUUUCCUUCCCAAAAUUCCCUGUCCUCCUCUCUUGCCCUAUAAUAUAAACUUUCCCAGCUGAAGAAUAAUUCUGAGUUGUUUCUUUUACCUUCUCUGUUGCUGUGUUGAUGUGGCCCACAAGAGCAGCAGCAUGAAGGUGGAGUACAAAGAAGCUUAAUGGUCCUUGGUGAUCAGUACCACCACUCUGGGGUAACCUAAAACGACUGAUUUACGAAUGGUUUUUAACCCAAAGAUUUUGCAUCUUUUGCAACUUAACUCAUCUGACCAUUUUAUAUGAUUUGCUUUUGUUUUUUUUUUUUUUACCAAAUUGAGAAUACAAGUUAGUUUUUAAAACUGCAUUUUACAGUCACAAGAACCAAAGUAUGCCAGUUAAAUUCUGCAUUCAUCAUUAGAAAAGAAUCUGCAGUAUCCUGUCAUCCUUUGUCGCGAAUAGGAGACUCAACUGACAAAUGAGUUUUGAAUAAUUCUAACUCGCAUGCCUUAUGGUCAUUCAUCAUAAUUUACAUUUUGAACCGAGGGCCUUUGUUUUAUGCAGCCAUCAAUUCAGUAGACAGGCCCCACUGGGCCGGAGUCAGUCCUGGUGCCCAGAGCAAGACCUUAGACCUCCAAUGGUCCGGCACCAAAUGAAGAACAUUUGCUUUGUACGGUCCUCCCGUGGACUCACCCCACACGGUCACACCACUACACCCUAAGUCCAGGAGUUUGGCUUUACGCUUGAUGUGUCAGCAGGGACCUCAGAGGAGGAGGGGGGCUCAACCCCAAUCACAGUGACACCGAGACCAGUGGAGUUACCAGCUCCCAGCCUCUCUCUUUGCUUUAUAGGUAUGAAUAUUUUUAGCAUACUUUUGAUGGGGGGAGGGGGGAGGGUGAUGCAUCUUGUGCCUGUAUAGCAGGUGGCUUGAGUGAGGGUGCAAGUGUUAGCCUCACUCCUCUGGUGUGCUCAUCCCAUGCCCUGUAAUAAUGUUGCACACUUCCUUACUGUAUAGCUGUAAAGUGCCUCUGUUCUUUUUAUAAAGAACAAGCUACCUUUUCCCUCUCCUUUUUGUGUACCCGAUGUCCUUAAACCGUGUCUUAUUUAUUACUUGGAGUUUGAAAAUAAAUCCUGCCAGUUUAACGUUUUGUGAAAGCAUCUUUUGUGAAAGCAUCA